AUGGCAGGUGAAGAAGAAGAGACUCCUACGGUGGUGGCGAAGAGCGGUGACAUUGUGGAUGUGACGAUGCAUCCUCUGGUUCUUCUGAGCGCCGCCGAUCACUACCAUCGAGUGGCUCGAGGCACUCGAAAGCGAGUGGUUGGUCUCUUGUUGGGUUCUGUGUUGAGGGGACAAGUCGAUGCCACCAAUUCCUUUGCCGUCCCAUUCGAAGAAGACUCGCGCAAUCCAGCAGUCUUUUACUUGGACCACAACUACUUGGAGAGCAUGCUGGCCAUGUUUCGCAAAGUCAACGCCAAGGAACGCGUCGUUGGCUUUUACUCGACCGGCCCUUCGAUCCGACCCAACGAUCUCCGCAUUCACGACAUUGUCAAACGCUUCUUGCCGGCCAACACGGUCACUCCUCCCAUUUUCUGCAUCAUUGACAUUCGACCCGACCGAAAGUCGCACCCUACCACGGCCUACAAGGUCGUCGAAGAAGUCUCCACCAAAGAUGGACAACGACAAGUCAAACUAUCCUUUGCCCACGUGCCCUCCCAAAUGGGCGCACUCGAAGCCGAAGAAGUCGGCGUCGAACAUUUGCUGCGAGAUAUCAACGAUCCCACCGUAAGUACCGUCGCUUCGCUCAUCAAGGGAAAAAUUGCCGGGUUGGCCACCUUGACGGAAAAACUGGUCGAAUGCAAAGACUACCUGGAAUCCUGCGUGCGGGGAGAACAAAAGGUCAACCCCGAAAUUGUGGCCAAUUUGCAAACCAUCAUGAACUUGCUGCCCAAUCUCAAUACCGAAGAUCUGGUCCGAUCAUUCGUCGUCAAGACCAAUGAUAUGCAAAUGGCAAUCUAUUUGAGUGCACUGAUCCGAUCCGUCAUUGCGCUACAUGAUCUGGUCAACAAUCGAAUUCAAUACGGAGGAGGCGCUGGAAACGAUGGGGAAAUCGCCACUGGAAAGGAAGAGGAAAAGAAAGAAGACGAUACCAAGACAGCACAAAAGAAAGACGCCAAAAAGUAA